UUUGAAGUUUACCCCAAAAAAUUUGCGCUUCGACAACGUCUCGCGCUGGAGAGAUGUGGCACGCGACUUAAGAAAAGAUUGACGUGCCGCGAAACGCCUUUCAGUCGCUGUGUUUAGUCAGCCUGUUUAGUUCGGGUGGAGGUGUGGGGGGAUUCCGUUUUUCCCCCGAACUCAUCACAUUAAGAUUAACAAGCCGUCUUUAAGAGGAUCCUCCGUGGUCAGUCAUGAACUUGUUGAACACACAGCCCGCCGCGGGACACUUCACAUCGAGAGUGAAUCUCAUUAACAGUGCAGAUGCCAAGCUGCAAUAAAGGAUGAUUGACAGAAGGCAAAGCUGAGACGGCUGUCAGUCAACAUCCAGCCAGAGAGUCGAUUCAUCAGAGUUUCAGAAGCCUUGCUUUCUCUCCAGCCCGACCAAUCACUUCGUCUUCUCUGCUUUCACUUCUCUUAUCUUUGCUGGCACCCUGACCCUGCCCCUUCCCAGCGGACACAAUAAAGACCAGAAGUGGAGACAGAAGCAUCGGGCUUGAAGACCUGACAGUGACCAAAGGGAAGCUGGUAUGCUGCUGCACCUCUUCUGUCCCGUGUUCAGCAAAAGGAUUAUUUUGUGAACCAGACCCAGAUCUUCCCCACUAUUCCCACUUCCUCUAUCUCUCCUUCUCUCGUGCAUCUUUGAGAAGAAGGGCGCAGACGGAUACUUUACAUCACAGUGAAUAGUCUAUUGGAGGGGCGGCCCGAAUAAAGGAAGCAGCCAUGCGUUUCCCACUGCUCUUGACACUGCAGGCAUCAUGGCUGACUGUUUGUCAGGCCACGCAGCACUAUCCCACAACAUGGGGACACUAUGACUUGUGCAAGUCAGAAGGCUACACGGACGAAGGCCCAACCUGGUAUUACAUGGCCUGUCAGCCGGAAGCCGCGGAUAUGACCAAGUACCUAAAAGUGUUUCUUGACCCACCCAACAUCACCUGUGGAGACCCACCCGAGACCUACUGCACUCUGGAAAACCCCUAUAUGUGUAACAAUGAGUGUGACUCAGCCACAGAAGAGCUGGCCCACCCCCCUGAGCUCAUGUUUGACCAUGAGGGCCGGAACCCCACCACCUUCUGGCAGUCCACCUCCUGGAAGAAAUACCCUAAACCUCUGGCGGUCAACAUAACCCUGUCAUGGAACAAGACCAUUGAGCUAACCGAUGAUAUUGUCAUCACUUUUGAGUCGGGUCGGCCAGAGCAAAUGGUUUUGGAGAAGUCUCUGGACUAUGGACGUAGCUGGCAGCCCUACCAGUUCUAUGCUACCGACUGCCUAGACGCUUUCACUAUGGAGCCCAAAUCGGUGAGAGACAUUACCCAGCACACGUUGCUGGACAUCAUCUGCACUGAGGAAUAUUCCAGAGGUUACGUAUGGAAGAACGACAAGACUGUACGCUUUGAAAUCAAAGACCGCUUCGCACUGUUUGCCGGGCCUAAGCUGCACAAUAUGGCCUCGUUAUAUGGACAAUUGGACACAACCAAGAACCUGAGAGACUUUUUCACCAUUACUGACCUGCGCAUACGUCUUCUCAGGCCUGCCACGGGCGCCACCAUGGUGGAUGAGUACAACCUUUCCAGAUACUUCUAUGCCAUCUCUGGCAUUAAAGUACAUGGCAGGUGCAAGUGCAACCUUCACGCCAACAGCUGCAUCUAUGACAAAGAGAGACUGACUUGCGAGUGUGAGCACAACACUACGGGGCCUGACUGUGGCCGCUGUAAGAAGAAUUAUCAGGCCAGAGCUUGGAGUGCAGGAUCCUAUCUCCCCAUCCCCAAGGGCACAGCAAAUAUCUGUCUGCCAAAUAGUGUUGGUCCAGUUAACUGCGAAUGUUUCAGUCACUCCAAUCGCUGCAGUUACAUCGAGGUGCUAAACACCGUCAUUUGCGUGAGCUGUAAGCACAACACUAGAGGGCAGCACUGCCAGCUGUGCAAGCUUGGAUACUUCCGCAAUGCCUCAGCAGAGCUGGACGAUGAGAAUGUUUGCAUAGACUGUAAAUGUAAUCCCUUUGGCUCAGACACUGAUCGCUGUAAUGGCACAGGAUAUUGUAAAUGUAAGGAGGGAGCGACAGGGGCUAAGUGCCAUGAGUGUCUGCCAGGAUAUUUGUGGGACAAUGGCUGCAAAUCCCGGGUGUGCGACAGUGAACUUCUGCGUUGCCAAAACGGCGGUGUGUGUGUGAACAAUAUCCGUUGUCAGUGUCCUCCGGCGUACACCGGCCUGCUGUGUGAGAAACCGCGGUGUGAAAACGAGCCAGGGGGCUGCGGAGGGUCAUACUCGGGCCAGGCUUACCUUUACCCACCUGGGCUGAUCCUGCUUUUGCUGCUGUCCAUUCUGGGUCCUGUUUUCCUUGUGGAGAUCUGCUAGACCGCAGUCCAUUGAGAGGCAGAUCUCCAACUGUCCAGCUUCUUCUGUAUGAGCAGCGCACCAGACCCACCGACACUUGGCCGGCCAUGUGGAAUGUGCCCAAAUAUCAAAGUGAAAUUUCUGAGGAUGACAGACAAAAUACAAUAAAUAAUACAUAAAUAAAAAUAGUAUUUAUAAAAUUGAUUCAACAUAAAAAUCUAAAAGUUAAAAAAAAGAAAACAUCAAGGUGUUAUUUAUAGAAUUUACCUGAGCAUAUGCUUCAUGAAGCAAAUAAGAGGAAGUAGAGAGGUGAUCUAAGCCAUAAUAGAUACUCACUCCCCUAACAGAGCGAGAGAGUGACAGGGAUUGAAGCGGACAAGACUCAUCCCUUUCCUCCCUUUAUCACCAUGGCAACGGGAGCUGUGGCAUGAACAAGUAAAGCCAGCUGCCGCCUCUCACCUGAGCCAGUCUGGGUAUCAUGUUGGCUGUAGACUGCUUUUGGCUAUUGUGACACGGAGUGAUGGAAAACUGUCCGGAUUGUGUGAACUGGCAAUUGCAAAAAAAAAAAAAAAAAAAAAAAAGAUGAAGUAAUAAUAUGGAGAGAGA